ACCCUAUUGUAAGGUUACGAGCUCACGUCGGAAUCAAUGGUUCAUACACGCUGUUAUUAUUGGUGGUAAUAUACCUUUGGCUUUAGCAUAGAACUAAUAUCUUCUCGUGAGCUCAAAUAGCUGUUUCUCAGUAUUGCUUCGAUCAUUUUAAGGAUACUUUGCAAGUUUUGACAAGUAGAAUGUCUUCUUAUGCGGGACUAGACGAGAUUGGACUUCGUAAAUUGCUUGAUACAAGUUCAGACAUCACAGAACGAAGGAAGAUCCGUGCGGCUCUACGCGAGCUCCGAACCAAUAAUAAUAACUCAGUGGUCAAUCCUCACAUCCGUACUCCUAUCUCACCUUCCAAACUCUCACAUCAUCAAUCGUUCAGAACAGAACGUAGGAGACGCCCUGAGAUUGAUGAUGUGACAAAGAAGCAAAGUCAGGAUGAUGACAUCUUGUAUCGAUCUAGGAGGAGGAGAGAGAUUGAUGCUGGAAGAGGGCAAGGAGGAGGAGGAGAUGAAGGCGAUGAUGAAAAUGAAGUGGUGGUUGACAUCGAGAUGAAGAUAAAGGAAAUUGGUAGUGAUGAACAAAAAUUAACAAAACUGCUCUCAGAGACAAGGGACUUCAAUGAUCGCAGGAAAGUGAGGUCGGCGAUCAGGGAGGUCAAAAGGAAGACAAGACAGCAAGAUGACUGUGACGCUACAAUCAAACCAACCAAUCAGAGCCAAGCUCAACCCCCAGCAGAGACAGCUGUCACUGUUCUACAGGAAAACCAAACCAACCUGGCCUUAUCAAGGUCAACUGAAGGUCAGAGGUCAAGUUCAGAAGGUCAAGAUCUCACCCAGGAGACCAGCAGGAGGGAUAUAGAUCAGGAGAUUGAGGCCUUACAGAAGCAGCUUGAGGGUGCAGAGACGUACGAGGAACGACGGAAGCUAAGGACAGAGAUCAGGGAGCUUCGUCAAAAGAAAACAGGUAUCGCAAAUGAUGUAACCCAACCUUUGCUGCCACCAGAGCAGCUAUCUCUGAACCAGGAAAAUGGAAUGGGACACCUAGUAAGGUCAAAGGUCAGUGGGGUAUGUGAUCAAGAGGAAGGCAAGCUAAAUGGGGUCGAUGGCUUCGAUCAAGUGCCAUCUUCUCCAAUGGAUGAGGAUGAAACAGAUCAACAUGAGCAGUGCUAUUAUGCAGCUGUGAACAGAAGUUCUGAAGAUGAGGUUAAUGAUGUGAACACCGAUGCAAUCCAGGAUCGGGAAUAUGCUGAACCAACUUUUCCAAGUGAUCCAAAUCAUGGGUAUGCAGAACUACAAACACAUUGCCCGGUUGUCAAGGAAGAACCCAUUUAUAACCCAGCAACGGACUGUGUGGUGGAUUCACAUGGUGCUAUAGUAGAUGAGGAAGAAAAAACAAAGCCUAUUAUCACUGUUGACACAAUACCCAAUAAAACUGAAGUGGUAGAUAAAUCUGGUUUAGCAGAUACAAGCAGUAGUUCAUCACAGAAUAGAAAGAGUGAUAAUAUAUAUGAGAUCAUUACACCAAUGGAGAUUAAACCUGAAUAUGCAGAGAUCAAGAAGGAAGUGCCAGUAGAUGUAUGUGAGAAUGAUACCAAAAUAUGUCAAUCUGUUACCAAAGAAGAAAUACCUUUGGAUUCUCCUGACUUGAUAAAAACUCUUCCAGAUGUGCCUUUGAAAUCCAAACCACUUGCCUUCCAGAAAAAGGAGGAAAAGAUGGAGCAGAAGAAGGUUGAAGUAGCGAAGAAGAAUGAGGUGGAAGUUGUUCGUAACCUUUUGCCAAGUGAGAUCAAGAAACAGCAGGUAGGACCAAAGGGAUUGAAGGUUAACAGAUCAAACGUGAACAAACCAAACACUGUAAGUCCUCCCAAACCCGCCCAGACUCCCCCUCAGAACACAGUGACUUCAUCAAAUAUUGAGGUAGUGCACCGCCCACCUGGGUCCCGUCGUGCCAGGAUAAUCAAUAGCUAUCUAGAACUAGAGAGGAUUAAGAGAGAAGGAGUUAGUCAAUCAGAUGGGAAACCAAUCCAGAUCAGUGCUCCGAACAUGGCAUUGAUGUCAAAGAUGAAGGGUGCUGGUGGUGGUCUUAGAGGAUCAGAUGAGAUGCUGGAAGAUAUGAUCAAUCUUCAGCUGAUGCAAGCUAUGGGUGUUAAUCCUCACACCAUCGCAACUCCUCCCAUAGAUAAAACUUCCAAAUCUACACCCCCACAGCGCCCCUCUCAUCUUCCCAUCCCAACUCCCAUUAAGACAACCAAACCUCUUCCUAAACAACCUGCCUCCAGACAUCAAACCUCAGGACCAUCCCAUGGCAUCGCUAAGAUGCUUAAUCGCUUCGGGGAAAGCUCUGCACCCACUCCCAAGCCAGGUUUUCAGGGAUUUCAUAGCAGUGGGAAGACAGGUGCUACUCCAGUUUCCAAGGGACUGAAGAAACCUCCUGCCUUUAACAUUGAAAUAAAAGAUGGAGAAUUGGAAGUCAAUAUAAAGGAUGAUAACCGGCAGUUAUUGAUGAAUAAGUUGGGAGUCCAUUCCAGAGGGAAAGGUUUAUCACUACCAAGGACCAGUAACAACUCACCCAGCUACAACAACAAUAGCAGCAAUACUAACAGCAACAAUAGCAGAGGACUGUCAACAACUCAAGGAUUUGAAUCAAGUAUCAAACCAGAUGGUGCUAUCAUUCUCAAGAACCAUGGUGUCAGAGAGGAAGAGGAGGAAAGCUCAGGGAAGCCGGCAAACGUCCGUAGGACCAAUGCAGAAACAAAAGAAACUCCACUGGUGGUGGCAGAUGAUUUAAGAAGAGCAAAGGAAGAAGAGAAAGGAAAACAUGUGACAGGAGAGACGAGUGAUGAGAGACCAGCAUCAUCUUCAUCUCCUCAAACACCACUAGCAUCAUUUAAGGAAUGCUCAGGAAAGGAUGAGGACAGGGUAGCAUCAACAUCUGAGGAGAAAGUCAGCGUUUCCAAUGGCAACCAAUAUGGAGGAGAUGUAAGUGAGGAGCAUGAGAUAGUAGAAGCAUCAUUAGUGCCUGUUUCUCCUUCCAUUUUGUCAUCAUCUUCAUCAUCAUCUUCUUCUUCUCCAUCAUCAUCAUCUGCUUCACCAUCAUCAUCAUCAUCACCACCCUCAUCACCACCACCAUCACAACCAUCUUCCAUAAACACAUCACCAUUAUCCUCCCAAACAUCUGAUCUCCCGGAGCCAAGGGAUGAUAGAGACUCAGUAGAGAAGGAACCUGUAAAACCACAGGAGAGUAAGUCUAGUGAUACCGAAAGUGACUCUGAAAAAAUCAGAUGUGAGACUCCAAAUCAAGAUGAAUGUGGUCCUGAAUCCAUUCCAGGACCGGUCUUAGAGACUAAAGAGAAUGUUGAGAUGGAUGCAGAUGAUGAAGCAUCUAAAGGUGAUAACAUCCAAACCACUAAACAGGCUAAGCCUAUCCCAGCAGUAAGGAAAACCAAACCAGAAACUAAAACAUCCCAGAUAUCAUCAUCGCCAUCGUCAUCGCCAUCAUCAUCAGCAUCAUCAUCAUCAUCAUCUUCGUCAUCAGGGACAUCAUCGUCAGGGUCAUCCUCAGAGCUUGAUGAGGUCACAGGUCAACCAAAGGAGAAGAGAAAACAUAUAGGACUUAAAGAAGCGAUGAGGAGAAGAGCACAACUGAAGGCCACUGAACUUGCCAAACAGUCAACCAAAGAAGUGAAGAAAGUAGAGUUGGAAGAAACCUGUAGCCAAGAGGAACCAUCAUCUGUGAGCAAGGCUGUCAAAACUACCAAGGAUGAGACAGAAAAGAUUGAUAGAACAAUUGAUGGAGAUACCAAGAACAGUGAUGACAGCUUGGUGUCAAAGGCUACUGAAAACCUUGCAGUAGAAUCCACACUGGAGGUGAAGGAUGUAGGAGAUGUGAAAGCCUCAAAGAAACAGGAUGAUGGUAGUGCUACCAAGGAGGAUCGGGAUGAGGAAACAUCUUCCUCCCAGAGUCCGGUGUCUUCAGUAUCAUCAUCAUAUACUGAAAGUGGAAAGGUGAAAGCCCCAAGUGAAGACAAGACAGUAUCAAAUGAUGCUGACAGUAUCAGCAAGGUCAAAGACACUACAGGAACAGUUUCUUCCCAGAUGACUUUACAUUCCCCUGUAACAUCCACCACCACAUUCCCUAUCUCAAAUUCCACAUCACCGUCAACAUCAACCUCAGAAAAUAUAUCUUCCGUCAUCGAGGUCACUCCGAAGAUGAGUGAGAGGGUUCAGUCAACAAGUCAAAGUUUAAGUCCCUCCUCAGGUAGUCAAUUACAAAAAGCCAGUAGUCCUGCUUCUGAGGACUCUCAUGAUGGUGCAGUACUCUCUGUAAAUAAAACAAACUCUAGCGAACAUACACCUAUUAGAAGUUCACCAGACACUUCUACUACUCCUAGCAUUCCAAGGAACUUUGGUCAUCCGUUCAGGUUUCAUAAGACCCGAGAUGACAACGCUAUCCCAACACCAAAGAAAACCACGACAUCGGUCAAAAGAAGUGAGAGUGCAGUAUCAUCCUUGCAGGCAAAGAGGAAUAAAUUCAACAGACCAAGACCUGAUGAUGACACUAGUCCUACAAGUUCCACUCCAGCGAGAUCCUUUAAGAAUGUUGUCUCAGGAAGCAAAUUUGCUGCUCUCAGAGAAAAGUUCAGUGCAUCUAAUGGCAACAGCAAUAAUAGUGCAGGCCAGGGAAAACAUGGUGGCCACUCGCCUUCUCCUUCAACAACUCCAAAAUCACUAUGGCAACAGAAAUCUCCAUCUUCCUCUUCUCGUUUUGGUAGCAGCAUCAGUGAAGAAUCAUCUCCAGAUACUUCAGAACAAAAGAAAUCAAUAUACGGGACCCCACCCUCAUCUCCCCUCACCCCUCUGCCUUACAUGACCCCUCCUGAAAGCCCCCUGGAUUUUAAAGGCAAGACCUCCACCCCUCUGGCUUCAAGCACCCCUACUGGAGCAGCAGAAUUGAAGAGUCCAACUGCAGCUGAGCUUAAGAGACAGUUCUUGUUUGGGAGAGAGGAUUCUCAACAAGGGGAUGUUUUUGUCGAUGAGAAGGGAGCCAAGGAUGAGAAUUCAAAUUUAAAAGACAGCAUGGCGCCGAUUGAACAGAUAGACGAUGAAGCAGCCCUUGAAAAAAUGUUGGAGGAGGCUACAGAGUUUGAUGAGAGGAAGAAGAUCAGAUCCAGGCUAAGGGAAGUUAGAAAAAAGAAGAGAGACGAGAGAGAGCAAAAGGCACUAGAGCAGGAGAGGGCUUUUGAAGAAAAGAUGCACAAGUUAGAGGUAGAGUCUGCCCAGCAGAGAAUGAGGGCUGUGGGACUGAACGUCCAAAAAACACCAGUCGAUAGUAGAACCAAGACGGUGACGGAAACAAAAGAUGAUGGUAAGACAAAAACAGUUGUGGAGACUACUAUGAGAGAUUCAGGAAGUUCCAAGAGCGUUCAGAUGACCAUUAUGAGCAAAACAGAAGAUGAAGGCUUUAAAUCUCAGACAUUACAACAGGAAUCCAAGUCCAUUUCAGUUGGACCUGGUGGAAGCAGUUCAGUCACAAUGUCCAAAUCAGUGUCCAGUUCGUCGUCCUCGACGACGUCGACGACAGACAAACCAAAAGGAAGACUAUCUUUCAGCGCAGAAUCAGCUAAAACCAAAUUUGAGGAGGAAAUGGAAGUAAAGAAGAGGGAAAGAGAAGAAAAGAGAAAACAAGAUGAAGCUAAAUUCAAGGAACAACAGAUGCAAAGGAAAAAGGAAGCCUAUGAGCUAAAGAAGAAACAAGCAGAGGAUGCUAAGAAUAGGAAAGCAGCUUUGUUUAAUAAGUUUGGUGGUGCUGGUGGAGGGGCGAAACCAGCAGGUGGUGGUGGUGGUGGUAUGAGGGUACAGAAUGCUACCACUAUUAAACAAAAACUAUUAGAAUGGGCACAGAGAGUCACAAGAGGAUACUCGGGUGUAAAUGUAACCAACUUUUCCUCAUCAUGGGCUGAUGGCAUGGCAUUCUGUGCAGUCAUUCAUCAUUACUAUCCAGAUAGCUUUGAUUUCAACACACUCGACCCUAAACAGAGGAGAAAAAACUUUGAUUUGGCCUUCAAUACAGCAGAGGAACAAGCAGACAUUAUGCCUCUUCUGGAUACCGAUGAUAUGAUCAUGAUGAAAAACAAUCCUGAUUGGAAGUGUGUCUUUACGUACGUACAAUCACUAUACCGUCAUCUCAACAAAUGAAACUCCAGUCUUUGUAUGUAGACUUGUGUAAACCCACCUUCUUUUCUACUUCCAAUUUACUGUUGCCUGAUGACUCUACGUAUAUGGUCCGUUCUUACAUGACAAUCGUUUAUAAGAAACGUUGUAUAACAAAACACCAAUGCAAUAACUACUGAUGGUAAGAGACAGAUGACGAUAUACUAAUGUUAAAUUUUGAAUUCUUCAAAUCAGUGAGUGAUUUUUAGUAAUGCCACAUACAAUACUUCAUUCUGUAAAAUAGUCCCAUCAAAUAAGGUAUUCACUAGAUUAUACAUUUUACUUGAAGAAUUUGUUACUAAACCUUACAUUGUUACACAGUGUUUCUUGCUAAGAUCUUCAUGUAAGAAUUUUCUAUGUUACUAAGUAUUCACAGUAAAGUUACAUCAAUAUAAUGUUGUCUUCCCGAGUAAUAUUAAUAAAGGGAAAUAUAUAGAGGCAGGACCUAUUGAAUUAUGUAUAGAUUGUAUUUAAAGUAGGGGUUUAGUGUAUGUAUAGGUUAAUACAUAGCAAUCCCUGCUGUAAUGGAGAGAAGGGUAACAAGGUAUAUAACUAAUAAUACACAAGUGUGCUAUGUAUCAUUAUCAACAUUUCAUGAAUAUGAAUUAUUUUAAGGGAUUUUCUUAAGACAUCAUUGAGACUUCUUUAUUGAUAUAUUUCAUUAUUUAUUCAAGAACCAUGUCCAAUAAAUCGAGUCACUUGAUUUUCAGUGUUUGGCACAUAUUUUCAAUUCAUUUAGCUUUCUAUAUGUAGGCCAAAUGAAGUUAGGAAAUAGGCCUUGUUCACACGACCAUUUAAAUGUAGGUGGGAUUUAUCUUUAUAAAUAAUGGGUUCAUAGACAACUAUAAACUGUAUUUUUGAAAAAAAAUGUUGAGUUUUAUUUUUGACAUGGUAUAUUGUCAGAUGUGUAGUGGAUGUGGAUCAUGACAUAAAAUAUUUGAAAUUAAUUUGAGUAAAUUAUUAGUAUUUAUUCUGCCAAGAUGGGUUCGAAAGUUCUUGAUAAAGAAUUGAAUAUAAUGCUGAGAUUUAGCUUUUCAUGGCAUGGCAACAGUACUAUGGUAAUAAUAAAAGAAAGUAUUAUUCUUAUGAAUACUGAAUGGAAAAGAGCAUCAAGAAACAGUAAAAAUUGUCAGGAUUGUUGAAUGCACUUUAACACAAAAUAGAUAUUUUACUUAAUGCAUGAGUAGAUUAUAAUCUCAUGCAGGGAGCUAGAAAAUUAUUUUCAUGCUCUCUGAAGCAGUGUAUUAUGCUGCUUUUUCUUUCAAAAAGAAAUAUCAGACAAAUUAUUAUAACGCAUGACUGUAAAUAAUUGUGUGAAGAAUGAAAACAAAUGUAAUAUAUAUUUGAAUGAUGUAUUUGAUAGAGUUAGAUUGUUAUAAUCUAUUUUGAGUGAAAUGUUAUAAAAUACAAAGACAUUGUGAGAAGAUGUCUUUUGUAAUUUUUCUAUGUAAAAAAAUUGCAUGAAAAUUGUUUAAAUUAUAUUAUAAAUUGUAUAAAUAGAAAUUUCUGAGAUAUUGAAUUUCAUUUUCCUUCAAUUGAUUAUCAGUUUCCUUCCUGUUCCAAAUAUGUUAUUCUUUUUGUCUUUAAUCAUUGAAUAUUUUCCUCUAAUUAUAUGGAAAUAAAGAUAAAAUUGAAUUGAAAAAAAAAUGCAAGAAAUUGUAGUAUAUUUUUCCAGAUCAUUCAUUAUAUAAUAUUACCUUUAUUGAAAUCUAGAUUAAGGGAAUAACCUGCAGCAUAUCAUGAUUUUACUUAUUACAUAAAAAUCAAACUGAAACUAAAAAAGAGUAUAUUCUGUUUUUUUUAGCUUCUUGAUAAUUUAGAUUGAAAUUAUUUUUUAUUAUCAAACUAACCUAUAACUCGACCACUUUGUUAUGAUUAUAUAAUUCAGGUUAUCUAUCCAGAUUUCCUUUCUUAUCUUCAUAUUUUAAAUUCUUAAAUAACUAACUUUUAUAAUUUAUCAAUGAAAUAAGAUAAGAUAAUGUUUUAUAGUGCAAUUAUAUCAGCUUUCCCCCUUUAUUAGCUGGUUUAUUAUUGUAUCAAAAUUGAUUAAUUUUGUUCAUGGUAUCAUGAGGAAAUACGUGUUAUUUAGCAAUAAGUACAAUCCAUCAGUAGUUCAGAUAAUCAUGUGUGUUUUUAUACAAGAUUGAGUGAAGGUAGUGUACUAUUCAGAAAUGUAUGUAUCUAUGGUAUCUUUGAGGGAAAAGAUGGAAGUUAAAAGAUAAGUGUUGUGAAUGAUGUUGUGUUUAAAUGGAUUGUUUAAGUAAGGUGCUGGCAUUCUAUCGAAUGUACUUUUAUGGCAAGAAUAAAACAAAGUUAUUUUGAUUAAUCUUAUGUAAGGUUCUCCACGAUGCUAAUUGGCAUUAUUGUCGAGUUUAUUGAAGAAGUUUGUAGUGCAAUAACUUGUUAUGUCUAUAUAUUGUAUGUAUCAUUUUAACUUGCCACAUAGAAACCUAAUUACCCUAUUUUUUACAAAGCCAAAAGUCAGGUUAUGAGAUUGGACUUUCUGUAUGGGUUUCAGUUGAUAUUGGUAUAUACUGCCAGACAGUUGUAUACCAUGUUCAGGUAUUUAGUGCAUUUUGUAUCAAAGAUGAAUUCAAAUUCAUUUUGGAAUCUUGUUUACUGCCAAAAGUACCCUGAGGUGUAUACUUUAACAGGAUUUGAAUGCCCUCCUGGUUCUAAAUAGACUUUUUAUUAGAGACAUUAUUAUCAAAGCUAUGUUAUAUUCAUUUGAAUUUUUUUUAUUUAUUAGAAUAUUCAUGUAAUUAUUAUGAACACUACCAUACCUUUUAUUUAGGGAGGCACAAUAGGUCAGUUAUAUGCCCUUGAAAAUGUUUUUAGAACGAUUAUUCUUUAUGGAAAUUUUAAACUCUGAAAAUUUGUUCAAUAAUUUAUGUUCUUCAUGUACACUUUAUCCCAUAUUUUUUUCUUUCUUUAUUUUUUAUUAUUAUUACUCAUUAUAGUUGUAACUAUAUAUGAUAUUUGAAUCAUGUUAUUGUUUUAAGGUGUAGAUUAUUAAUGGAUCACUUGAUCACAUAAUGAAACCGAUGUCUGUUACAUAAAGACAACUCCAUACUGCCUUCAUACAACUUUAAUUGUGUCUGCCUUGUUCGAUUAUACAUAAUGUCAAAACUUUUAACAUUUUUGUCAGUCUUAUGCCAUACUCAAUAUAGAUAUCUGUGAUUUAUAUAUCUAACUCUAUAACAGCUCUAUGUAUGUGUGUGAGUUUUCUGUUGGCUUUUCAUAAAUUUUUGUAUGUCACAAAAAUGUUUUAAUGGGUAGAUGCACACAAAUGUGACAACACUUUUUUGAACAGCUGGUAGGAUUAUUGUUAUAAAUCUAUUGAUAGAAGAUAAUUGUUUAUAGAGAUUUGGACAAGCAAGAUAAUGAAUCUAAUCAGUACAUUGUACAUGUAUGGUCAUACAGUGGCUGUAAAGACGUGUAUCUAAUCAAAUAAUACUUGAGUAAUUGAAGAUUCACACUGAAAAGAGCAAUUAAAAGAAUCAUUGUAAUAUUGCCCAAUUUUA